UGUGUGUCUGUGUGUGGGUGUCUGCUCAUCAGAUGACGUUUGUUUGCGGUCCCCCCCUAUAUCAUCCUGUCCAGAUGUGAGUUCCCAGUUACAGACAACUCGCUUUCAGAGAAGACUGUCACGUCCUGGAUCUGUACGUCCAAACCCAGCAGCAGACAUGAAUGCAAAAUACGUCUUGGCGCUGAUCCUGGCCCUGCAGGUCUCCACGUGCCUGUGUGAGGUUCCCGCACCAUCGCAGGAGCUUAUCGACAAGUACGAUGCGAUGAGAACCAUGUUCAUCAGGAGGUUGAUGCACGCCUACGGCAAGAUCCAGGAGGCUGCUGCUCCUCUGGCGGCAAAAAUCAGUGAAAGCGAGCGUGGACAGAGCGCCAAGACCUACGUGGAUGAUAUUCAGGCCAAGCCCGCGUACCAGGCCGUCGUCAAGGUUGGCCAUGGCCUCGUUGAGGAGGCAGGACCCCUGGUAGACAAGGCCCGCACAUCGGCGCUGGGCGUGUACGAGGAGUACAUGCGUCCCCAGGUCGGCCAGUACUUGAGCGACGUCAUCGACCACAUCAAGGCCUACCUGGACCUGGUCAUGCCCGCUGAAUAAAGACGACCGACUUGAAAAAGCCGCCAGUCAGCGACCUGUAGUAGAUCAUAGCGAAUAGAAACUUCACCAGUUUAGGCUGAGAAGAGCAAUGCACAAUGCAAAUACAUUCAUUGGUCUCUUUCAAAAAAAUCAGUAUCAGUGCCAAAUCGUGCAGAGGCUAAAACAGGGCAAACCAACGCCUUUGCAAAUUGUGCAUGUACAGUAUUUUGUGUUUGAUACACUAACCAAAAGUGUGUGAUUGUGUAUGUAUAUGGGUGAAUGUGUUCAAUAAAAAGAACUGGAAACUA